CAAGCACAACAAUACUCUUCCAUAUACUGUUAUCCUUAUUCCAGAACGCAGACCGACCUAUCUCGAAAAUUUCUUCGCAAUGUUCAAAGCAACAGCACGUUCUCUGUACCAACUCAUCGGGAAGACAAGAUUGGGUGAUCUUCCUCCUGAAUGGCAGGCUCCUGUUGGACAGGUUCUUGACGCUGAAGAAAAGAGUGACCCCAGGUUCAAGAAUGCUGAGAUCCGAGGCUCUAAGCCACAUGCUUCCCACGAUGAUCCGACCGACCCGAAAGAAGUCGUAUCCGUUCGUAUCAAGGAUGACGGCCUGAAAACUUUCCGGAGACUGCACAUUCAUCAAGAUGGCUCCGUCAAAAGAAUUGAUGUUUAGAGUGCUUGUUGGGGUCAGCGAUCUGAGGUCAGUAGGAUGGGUAAGGAUGUAUUUCUGGAAGACCUGGCCAUAUCCGUCCUACCAUUUGUAUUGCUAGUUAUGCGCUUUGGAUUCUUUUGUCUUGGGUACUGCAGCUGUUGGAAUGACUAGUCUUGGG